ACCUUCCCUCCGAGCACUUUGUAGUUUUAAAAGAAUAAGGCGCUCCCGUGCCGGGCUCUCCCCUCUCCGAGCGGGGAUCUCCUUUUCCUCCCUCCGAGCCAGGGGACGGCGGCGGGCGGCGGCGGCGGCGCCUCAGCACUGAAGCCGCUCCGAGCCCAUUCCCGGUCCCUCUGCUGGGAGGAAACUCCGCUCCGUCAGCCCAACAGAGGGAAAGGGGGGAGAGGCGAGCGAGGAGAGAGAGAAAAAAAAACGCCGCUGGAAAGACAAUCUGCUUCAUCUCAACUCGUCAUCAUUCCAGGAAAUUGGUGUCCCUGGGGCUCUCUCUGCUAACAGUGACAUGGUACAGAAGAUUUAAAAUCAGCUGAUGUUCACAAGGAAAAGAGUCACGUGAUGUAUGAAGGCAAACACAUACACUUUUCUGAGGUUGACAAUAAGCCGUUGUGCUCGUACAGUCCCAAACUGUGCAAGCAGAGGCGACUCAACGGCUACGCCUUCUGUAUCCGGCACGUUCUGGAAGACAAGACCGCCCCCUUCAAGCAAUGUGAAUAUGUGGCCAAGUACAACAGCCAACGUUGCACCAACCCCAUCCCCAAAUCUGAGGACCGCAGGUACUGCAACAGUCACCUACAGGUUCUUGGGUUUAUCCCAAAAAAGGAGAGGAAGAAAAAGAAUGAUCCAGCAGAAGAGGUGAAAGUUCGCCACCAGAUGGAUUCCAUGGCUUUCAGUCUGACGGUUCCCCCACUGGCCUUGAAGAUGCCCAAUGGACUGGAUGGGAUGUCCCUGUCUCCACCGGGAGCUCGGCUUCCUCUGCACUACCUGGAUGCGGAAUUGGAAGACCCUUUUGCUUUCAAUGAGGAAGAUGAGGAUCUCAAGAAAGGGGCAACCGUGAAGAAAAAGCUGCAGAGCAAGUUAGCCCAAAACCGACAGCGCCAGAAAGAAACGGAGAUUCUGAGAGUUCGCCAAGAGCACUUUAGCCCUCUUCCUGCACCUUCGCAGCAGCCUUCGCAGCAGCAGCAGCAGCAGCAACUGCACUCCCACCUCUCACCUUUGCCAACUGCUUUAAAGCCAGUAGGGCUACCGCAGGGCUUAGUCUGCAAGUCACCUCAGCCUCAGAACACCAGCCUACCAAUGCAGGGAGUGGCGCCCACCACACAUGCUAUAGCACAAGCCAGGCAGUUGUCAAACAAGAGACCUCUGCCUCUCCUGCACCCUGUUCGGACUCCUGCCCCAGACCUGCCCAGGGCCGACAGGAUCCUAAUGAAAGCCACUGCCUUCUCUCCACAUCCAUCUGGAAUCAGCCGGCUACAGAGACUGGUGAAACUGUGCACUCAGAAGCAGCAGCUAGACGCUGACCUGUUUCCACAUUUAGGGUUGGACUGGUCAGAAGAUAGUGGUGAAGAAUGGGAGGAAUGGGAGCAAAGUUCACCAUACCAGGUUGCAUGGUCUAUCCGAGAAGCCCUCAGAUAUGAAAGGAAUCAGUCAGAUGAUGACGAUAGUGCCAGCGGCAGGCGUUCUCGCGUUUCCCAACUUUGCACUUACUUCCAGCAGAAAUACAAGCACCUCUGCCGCCUGGAGCGAGCAGAAUCUCGUCAAAGGAAAUGCCAAUAUACAUUCCGGAAAGCGUUGCUGCGGGCAGCCAGCAGAGAGCCGGAAUGCGCUGGACAGUUGAUACAAGAAAUCCGAAAAGCUUCGUGUGCUCAAAGCAGCACCAGCGAAGUGAAGCAGAGGGAUGCAUUGCCAUGUAGUGGAUCCACGAAGGGUGAACCAUGCACCAACAAUGCUCUUCCAUUCACAAAACAUUGUUUUCAGCAUAUCCUCUUGAACCGUUCACAGCAGCUGUUCUCGAGCUGCACAGCCAAGUUUGCCGAUGGACAGCAGUGCUCUGUGCCAGUUUUUGACAUUACGCAUCAGACGCCCCUGUGUGAAGAACACGCCAAAAAAAUGGACAGCUUCUUGAGAGGAGACAGUUCCCGUAAAGUUCAGCACCAGCAACAGAGGAAGCCCAGGAAGAAAACGAAGCCACCUGCACUCACCAAAAAACACAAGAAGAAGAGAAGACGGGGGCCACGGCGACCCCAAAAACCGAUUCCUCCUGCUGUGCCCCAAGGAAACCUCAGCAUGCCCACCAGCGUCUCACUGCCAAUGGAGAUCUCCCACAUACGGAGUCCUUCUACGCCGGAGCUGAGUACAGACGAGCUACCCGAUGACAUCGCCAAUGACAUCACAGACAUUCCACACGAUCUUGAGCUGAAUCAGGAGGACUUCGCCGACGUCCUUCCGAGGCUGCCUGAUGACUUGCAAGACUUUGAUUUUUUUGAAGGUAAAAAUGGAGAUCUCCUUCCGACUACUGAAGAGGCUGAAGAGCUGGAGCGGGCCCUGCAGGCGGUAACUUCUCUUGAGUGCCUGAGUACUAUUGGAGUGCUCACACAGACCGAUGGCGUGCCGGUCCAGGAGCUCUCGGACAGAGGGAUAGGGGUGUUCUCUACGGGUGCAGGAACUCCAGGAAUUCAGUCCUUGAGCCGAGAGGUCAAUGCGGAUCUGGGCGAGCUGCUGAAUGGGCGCAUAGUACACGAUGAUAAUUUCUCCAGCCUGGACCUAGAUGAGAGCUUGCUCCGUUCUGCUACCUUAUCCAAUCCUCCAACGCCCCUGGCAGGGCAAAUUCAGGGGCAAUUCUCUGCCCCAGCCAACGUUGGCCUUACUUCUGCCACUCUGAUAAGCCAGAGUGGGCUUGGGGAGAGAGCCUUCCCAGGACAGUUCCAAGGACUUCACGAUGGCAGCCAUGCCUCCCAGAGGCCACACCCUGCCCAGCUGCUAAGCAAGGCAGAUGACCUAAUCACCUCACGACAGCAAUACAGCAGUGACCAUUCACACUCCUCACCCCACGGAAGCCAUUAUGACAGCGAGCACGUGCCGUCUCCCUACAGUGACCACAUAACAUCCCCACAUGCCGCCUCCUUCUCUGGUGAUAACUUGGCAGCUACUUUUUCCACAGAGAUGCCCAUCAUAGCACAGCACUUGCUACCAUCACAACUAGAGGUGCCGCUUAGCGGGGUAGUGAACCCCAGAACUCACUGGGGGAACCUCCCUGUCAACCUUGGUGACCCUUCUCCGUUUAGCAAUCUCCUCGGUGCAGAUGGACACCUCCUUUCCACCUCCUUGUCCACGCCGCCUACGACGUCACACUCAGAGACCACACAGCCUGCCUUCGCCACUGUGACCCCCAACAGCUCUAGUGUGCUUCCGGGGUUACCGCAGACCAGUUUCAGUGGCAUGGGUGCUGCAUCUUCUGAACUCAUGGCCUCCACCUCCCCCAAACAGCAGCUCCCACAAUUCAGCGCUGCCUUUGGUCACCAACUGAGCUCGCACAGUGGCAUUCCCAAGGACUUGCAGCCCAGCCACAGUUCCAUAGCUCCUCCAACAGGAUUCACAGUAACAGGUGCCACAGCUACUAGUACCAAUAACGGAUCUGCUCCCUUCACCACCUCCAGCUGAGCUUUGUAUGUCUGUGAAUUUCAGACAGUCGGGGACCCCGUGUCCCCAUCCUUCCCCUCCUAUCUUCUUUCCUUAUUUUUAUCGUCACCUUCUUUCUAAAAGACAAUUUUUUUAAUUAAAUAAAAGAGGGGGCAAAAAUAAAAGUCCUGAUUCAGUACAGACCAGGGUUUCCCUGUUGCUAGGCUCUGCUCUAAUGAUCUUACGUGCUGUUUAUGUAUUGGUGCUCAUUUACUUCUGGCAGGUUCACUAUGCCCCAGUUAAAUACCCCUAGGGAAUACAGCACAGUUACUGGAUGUAAUUGACCUUAGAUCGAGACAUGAGAAGAUACCUCAGAUAAAUCUAAUGCAAGUUCUUGUUUCCUAAAAUUCAGAUCAGAGCUUUCAGUCCCAUUAGCAUUCGGGCAGGUGGAAUUGCUUUAUUAUAUACCUAUAUAUUUUUAAAAACGCAAAUGGGAUGAAAGGCAUAUCAGCCUUCUGAUUUGAUAAUUCGGCACUGUAGAAAAGCCAAGACCAUUGUUCAGUUGUUCUAUCAACCAGGGUUUUUUUUUAACUCUUCUGCAAAUGCAAGUGGCUUUUGUGUGUCUGUGUGUGUGUGUGUUUGGUUGGUAAGUGACAGUUCUGUUCUUUUUCUUCUGCUGAAGAAAGCCCUUUGAAACCCAUAACUGUUCCUACUUCAUACUGAUUUAUUUCCUAGAACAAGGUUUAUUAAACUGACAGAGAAUUGGCUUGAUAGGACAGCACAUUAGAUUCCCUGAACCAAAAAUAUUCCUGUUAAAGAGAUUAAAAUGGGAGGAGGAAAGAGAGAAAAGACAGCUCUAAGUACUGGAAUAAUGACCUGUUUUCAUAAGAUGUAUAUUCUGGAAGCUGAUUAAUGAUUACAGUAGUGUUAAUUUGGUCUUUGGCAUUAUCCAGAACUUCAUGCAUGGAUCAUGUUUUUAACUGAGCCAUUCAGAAGGUGUUUUUGAACCCGUUUUCAAUUUAUACAAUCAAUGUCAGAGCAUCUUAGUGUUUUUGCAAGGCUGUUGCAAUCUCUGUAUAUCUGGAGCGCUUGAAGAUGCUUACACUGGUAUAUGAGCCCUUUUGGCAUCCCAUAAUAUGUCAAUAAACUUUUGUGGGAAGUCAAGUGUGAGAGGAAACCAACCAUCUUUCAAAACAAAAAAACAGAUGCUGGAAGCGAGAGAGGCACCCUCCUAUUUUCUGUCACUGGCCUUACUAAUAAAUAAGUUAGAAAUUUACCAGAGGCAGGAGAUUGCAUUUGUACCCCUUCACGCUCUCUGAAGCAUCACAAUAAUCAAUUUGUGAAGAGUUUGUCAAAAUAACGCCUGCUUCCCUUGUGAGGUUUUUUCCUACCGGGAGGGAAAUGUUGGUGAAGCAGCCCAAAGGUAAGGUAUUUCUCUCUCUUCUGCUCCCCUACCACUUCAAAAUAGGGUUUCUGUAUGGGAUGAUUUUAAUUCUAAUCCCCCCCUCUCCCCAUGAAGGCUAGGUUAGUACAUGUUUUUUUUCCCCUCACGAAGUCCUACUCAGCGUGGAUAAUCAGAAUUCUGUGCUGUUCGUUUCAUAUUCUGGGGCUGGCUUGGCGAAGUUUACCAGAAAAUACUUAGUUAUAGCUUACGGGGAAACGGUUUGGAUUGUAUGUAAUUUUACCUGAUCUAUAUGUUUUAUAAAGCUAUGGAAAGAAGGUGUACUCGAGGAGACUAUUUUAAUGGGUUUGAGAUUGGGAUUAAGAGAGCACUCAGCUGCUUCCUUAGGACCGAAAAGCUGAUUAUUUCCUACCAUCACCCCUCACAAUGGUGCUCAAAUGUAAUUCUGAGACAGGCCUUCUGUCCUAAAGUUUGGGAAGGUGGAGGUUUCAGGAACUGAACUGUUUCCUUCAUUUACAAGGCUUUUGCUACUUAUUCUUUCAAAUGAAUCGGGGAAUAGGAGUGAAGCGGCAGGCGUACGUAGUUUAAAACAUGCUUGUGCUUUGUGAAGUCCCAUCCCCUUCACAAAACAUACCUGAUUAAACUGUUUCAUAAACAAGAAAGUGGCCCAAGCUAUAUUCCUAAUGGAAGUGUUUUAAGCCAUGUCAAGAACUGAAGUGAAGCUUUCCCAGACUUUUCUGUAUUACUUCUUUAUUCUCCACAACCAGGAUAUAUCUUAUUUUGUCCGUGUUCAACAGUUUGUGUCCCCCCGCUCCCCACUUUUGGUUUCUGUAUAUUUUAAAUGGGCAAACUUUGGUGACUUAAAGUGCAAUCCUAUGCAGAGUGGGCUUAGACCAUAGUAAAUCUGCAGAGGAUUUCACUUUUUGAUAAACUGCAAGUUCUUCUUUAUACUUUUAAUUCACUUUUUCUUUAUACUUUUAACAUCAUUUAAUUCCGAUCCUCAAAAAGGCAACCUAUUGACUGGGUCCCCCCGAAGAAUACCGCAAACUUCUGCAUGCAGGCAGAAGCCUUUUUCAGUCCCCCUUUUCUUACUGCAGCCUUUCCACACACCCUAAAAGAGCUGCCUUCAAAGGAAGGACGUGGUACGCUCCAGAGCAACAUACUGUGAGCCGAGGGAAUCUUCUGCCUGAAGGGAAAGCCUGCAAAUUGUGAGUGAAAAUUAGCCAGUCGCAAAAAUCAUUGCAGCCCUUUCUGCGAGUUUUUAACGAUGUCCACGGCCUCAUUUUUUAACUAAAAAGGAAAACUUGGCACUAUUUCUGUUCCAUGCAAUGCCUUGCCCAUGUAGCUGGACACGUGGCAGCCCGUGCUUGUGCCACAGUGGGAUAGGUAUGGGACGGUAUUAUAGUCUCAAUGUGCAAAGCAGUGGGCAGGCCCCUCGGUUUGGGAAUGAAAUUAAAUUGUGCUUUUGUUAUCUUGGAUCACUUUGAAGGUCCCAUUCGGAAAGGAGGGUUUUGUUUAAUCCUCGUGCCACAUCUAUCUUUUGUUCUUAUGCAUGAUUUUUUGUUUUAAAAUUUGUGACAUCAUCCACUUGUGCAAUAUGCAUUGUGUAGAACAUGAUGUUUUUGUGUGUGGCAAAGGAAGGUUCUGUGUGAGAGAGUGAUAUUCCCACAAUUUUUUCCCCACAUAAAGUACAUCAUGCAGGAAUUUUCCUGUGGGGGGGUGUUUAUUUUCUUUCAGUGUAUUGAACAGAGUAACUCGAAAUGAAGGCCCAAUUUCAAUUCGAGACUGAUGUAAAAAUCCUAUUUCUUUAUUCUCCUUAAUUCACUCCCCCGCAACCCCCCCCAAAAAACAAUGAGUUAAGUUUUCCAUGCAUGAUCUUUGAUAAGGUCACUUUAAAUGAAAGUAAAAUUACCUAGGUCCACCAGUUCUUACUAUUAGUGCAUGUGACAAAAAAUUAACUAGUCCCUGUGAAUUGUUGCCAGACAUUGCAUAUGACCUCCCGUGUCACAGGUGAAUGGACCUUGGCUGGUUUUCUCCCUUAUUUCUUUUCCUGGCAGUGUAUGCUUGAGCUUUUCUGCCAUCUCAGAGUUAGGCGUAUGUGCAAGAAUGCAAAAGAAAUGAAACUGCUUCAUGUGGUCACUGGGGGGCAGUAUUUGGAAAGAUACUUCUGAUCCAGACAGGCUGAAAUUGUGACAUCUGUUUUGUUCUUCCCUUUGUGUGAGUUAGACAGAACUCGAGUUUGAUAAACAAGAAAACAUUCAACACAACUCCUCUCCAAGCCCUUAUCCUUGUCAUGCAUGUGUGUGCCCACACUUUAAAUGUGUGAAUCAGAUUAAUACAUUGUAUUUGGUCUGCUGACGUGUCUUGGUGCCCAUUUUACUUAAACCACAUAGGUAACAUCCUCAAGUAAGUGGUAUCAAAAUUGCAUUGUUGGUGACUUCCGGGCAGCUACCUGCUUAUACUAUUGCUUAUAUCAUGGGGUAGGUUUAUUUACCCUGAAACGACUCUCUAACCUAUAUCUUUAAAAAAAUAAGAAAAAGAGUAGAAAAGGGUCCAGUCUGAAAAGAUGGACAACUGAGGGGGGGCGGGGGCUGAAACAAUUUCUCUGAAUGGUGAUGCUGAUCGCUGUCCAGAUUGGGGCAUGUCUCAGGGAUUCCUUGUGGAAAUAAGGGCAGUUAAGGUAGUUUUAAUUGAGUAGCUAGUUUUAAAGUAGAAUGCCAUCGACGUGUGAGCGCAUGAAAGAAAGAAUGGCCUGUUCCCAUUUUGUAGCCUGUAGUGUGUUGUGUGGGGCUUCUUUCUCUUUUUAGAACUGUGCUCAAGUCCAAUGUAGAUCCCCCCCCCCAUCAUGAUUAGCUUUAAGCUUUUAUUUAAAGAUACAUUUCCUGCCCUGCCCACCCCACAAGCAUUCAGAAUACUUAUUGUAGAUUUUUAAGAGAAAAGGUAUAUUAAUUUAUGCUAUUAACAUCACCUCAUAAAUUAUAAGUUUUAUACUAAAAACUGUAUUGAGUGUAAAGAAUUAUGUUGCAUAUGUGUUUUAAUAGCUAUAAAACUAUACACAAUCUUUUUUAAAGAAUGACAACGGAAGACCCCUUAUAAAGCACCUUUUUACACUGGAUCUGUACCGUGUCAAGGUGUACAGCUAUUCUUUGCUACCUUGCAGAUAUAAAUAUAUAAAUAAAAGUAUAAAAUAUAUACGGUGAAAAAUGGUAUCUUGUAUUGACAAAAAAUACAAACUCUUCUUAAACCCAUAUAUUUCCACUCUGAGGACUUCUUUGUCUGCAAUAAUUUAUCUGUGGUAUGUAACUAUGAUGGUUAGAGGUUUUUAGUUACAGGGUAAAUAGAUCAAAUUUGAAAUCUCAUUACUGCAGCUGAGAGGUGCGAACCAUUUUUGUAAGUCUUUUUUUCAUUCCCUUAAAUAUAUUUAUUUCCAGUUAUCUCAGCAGGUUGGAAGUUCAAAAGGACAAAAUGUUAAAUCUAGGGAUUCAUGGUGUCUUAUUCAGGAAUUUUCUCCCCUCCUUUCCUCACAAAGGAACUCCCACUGUGAUUUAUAAAUAGAACUUAGGUAUCUUGUGUGCAUGUAUGUAUACUAUACACACACCAAAAUAUGCAUUGGGGGGGACUGUAUGUGUGAUAUAUGAAUGUGUAUAUUGUAUGUAGGUUACGGGUUUUUGUUUUGUUUUUUUUAAUAGAGAAAAGUAGUUGAGGGGGUGAUAGAAUGUAUUGUGGAAAUGUGCUUACUUAGUUGGGACUUAUUUUGUGCUCACUAUUGUACAAAUAACCAAACUACAUUAAGUUUUCUAUUACAAGGCUAACUCUGAUAUCAUGUUGUUGGUUUUUUUUUAAUUAUUCUUCUCUAAAUCCAGUUACAUUGAGCGCUCUUAAAAUGACAGAAAAUGCCAUGUUUCCCAGAGAGCCUUUUUCAGGAAGCAAAUAAAGAGGCAUUGCUUAAGGGGAAUCGUCCAUGGAGUUUUUAUGUUUGUCAGGAGCUAGAAGCCUGGGAAACCAGCUGUACGCUUUCAGGAUAACGUGUCUUCUUUUGCCUCUGGUUUUGUAACUGUGUCCUUUUUUCACAUUAUAACCCCCUAUGUCGGGUGGCUUUCCAUCUGUGCGUUAGGUUCUUCACUGCAAAAUUCUGUACCUGGGACCUCACAAUGAGAUUCCAAGUAUCUCACAACCAAAAAUAUUUGGGAACUUUGAUACAGGACUAAAGUGACUUUGGGCUUUUCCACAGUGGAAUUUUGCUGCAAUUCGGCUUCUUGACUAUAUUGCAUUCCCCUCUCCCUUUUACCACAGCCAGUUGUUGUCCUCCCUGUUUUUGUUUGAGUUUUCCCCUGGGUUUUUUUCCAGAGUGGUCUGAAAAAACACGGGAGAGAAAGGACUGGCAAAGGAUUCUGUGUGUGUGAGGGAUGGAGCUAAGAAGCUGAGCUGCAGCAUAAACCCUGUGCGGAAAAGCCCUUUCAGUCCCAAAUAGGGUCCUGGAUAUAACCACUUAGCUUAUAACUUGAGAUGAAUGGGAUUAGUGUUUGGCCAGUGCAGACACGAUGCUAGUUUCUGGUUAACUGUGGUUAGCAGAAGGAAUAAUCUGUAGAAUUGCACAUUCCCUUCCCUGGAGCCAUUCCCUUCCCUAGAACAAUUUUUUCCCACUGUUCAUAAAUUACUUUUCGCUUAAACCAGGCUCUGAAACCCACAUUUAACCUAUAGUUUCAGGACGUAGUUUUAAAGGGAAACCCUGGUCUCUGUUCAACCUUGUCACCUUACCCCUGUGCUGACAUGCAGUCCGACUGCAGGGUAGGCGGGGAGCAUUUACUCCAGGGAGCGGAGGGACUGUGCUAAAGACGGCCUUGCGUGUUGUUAACUGUUGUUACCAGGGAACCAGUGUCGCAUCUGCACCAGCCUUUGAUGGUACGUGAGAGACCCCAAACAUUUUUGUUCUUUCCAUUUCGCAUUUUGAUGCACCCAGAACAGCAGGGUCCAUGUUGGAAAUAGCCACACCUUGAAUGUUGCACAUUCUGUGGCUGUCCCUUAUAACAAGGAGAUCACGGCAUUGAAAGUAAAAUGCUCAUCAGAACUUUUAUUUACACAUUUUCCAUCAUGGGGCUUCUUGAGGACCGUUUUCUUUGCAAACAAGUAAUUUUUUUUUGACAGCUGAUUUCCCCCAUUCAGUUUAUAUGUUUGUUUGUUUUUCUGAUGUGUUUUAUGAAGACCAUAUUGCUUGUACAUAUGCAUGCCAGUGACAGGGGGUGGGUGGGAUACGUGGGUGGUUCAUGGUCUUUGUUUCAUAUUAGUUGGUGAACAUGGGAGGUACCAGAGUAAAUCUAUUUAUGGGGAAAGAGUAGACAACAUUUGUGUAUACAUGUACAGAGAGUUGUAUAUCAGACGUGGCAGCACUUCGCUGAAUGUGGAAUUGCCGUUUCCGUGCACAAAAGAUAAUACAAAUGUGAUACUUCUAUAGAUGUGUGCAUUCUUGUCUCCAUACGUGAGGUAUACGUGAGGCACACGUACCAAAAAAAGUUACCAUAAGCUGUGUGCAUGGGAUAAAGAUCUAUGUAUAAAAAGCUGAAGAUGUCAUUCCAGUUGAGGGUUUGGGGUGACUUUAAUACGGAUGUUUGUUUGCCACGACUUGCGUUAGCAUGGAAAUCUCUUGAAGUCUUUGCUUUUUUCUGACUGUGUCAGCCCUGUGAAAUCACUCCCAGGUUUCUCCUCUUCCUUGCUGUGCCUCUUGCAAACUUCUAACUUCUCUCCUUUUCUGUCAUAAUGCUUCGGUCUGUUAUUGUCCCAACUGUCACCUAGGUCCCUCCCAGUUCAGUACAAUUUCCAGUUGAAAUUCCUGAGGUGUUCAGUUUUCUGCUAAAUACAUUGCUUGGUUUGGGAUAAUUCCUUAAAUUCACCCCCAAACUACUGCAUGGAAUUAACAUUUUAUAAACCUUUAUAGAAGAUACUCGUUGGGGUACAAUUAGCAUUAAAUGACUUUUUGUCCCCAUUUAAAAAAUGCUGGCACCUCUUAAAUGACAGGUCAGCGCAAAUGGCUAAAAAAUUAGUUCUGCAAUGGGGUGACUUAAGUAUGUAAUGCAGUUGAAUCACAUAACGACGUCAUCUAAAUCAUUCCACUGCACUCCCACUAUUUUUCAACACAUAAAGUGGAAUAUGAGGGGAAAGCCAGUUAAUUUGUCCGCAAGAUGGACUGUUUGGCCAGUUGUAAUGGACACUGAACCUUCCCUCUUGAACCAGUUUUUGAGCCAUAUAAACUGUCCCUCAUUUGGACCCUGGUAGCCUCUCUGUAGAAGAUUCAGCCUCUAGUUGCAUGUAAGUCUCACUGAAUCAGAAACCUAAUGAUACUUCGGUUGCAGUGGAGAAUAUUUUUUCUGAUUUUUUGCUCUCCAAGCAGCCAGUAAUUUUUUGUCUAAAUGCUGAGAGUAAUUUCUGCCCUCCCCCCUUGGAGAAUGUCACCCUCUAGUGUUCCAUGCACAAAAUUGGAAUUGAUAUGGUAGGGCUAAAUGUUUCUGUACAUGUAUGUGUAUAUACAUAACAUAUUCUUUCAGAGCAUAAAUAUAUCCUCAGUCUCCGCUCAUGAAUAUAAGACAUGCUGUAGGGGCCAUGUAAAUUUUAGUUCCAUUUUGACUUUUAGCAAAAUGCUGUCCCUUCUGGAGUAUUUAAGCUGCAGUUGUAUGUCAUAGAAAAUGACACAGAAGCAUAUAAUUAUCAAAAGCCAUUUGAUGUUGUCUUUCAGUAAUGACGAAGUUGGUUUGUUAAAUGCUGCCCUGCGUCUAGGUGCCUGUUUCGAACUGGGAUCCCGUUGACUGUAAUCAGUUGCCUUUUCCUUUUAAAAUGGUAAAAAUUAGCAUUUUGCUGUAAAUGUUUUCCCUCCAAAUUUCCCCAUGGUCAAACAUACUUCUGUCACUAUUUACCUUGUGUAGCACUGGUGUCAUUGAAGAGAGUAUGUUUUGCUUCCUACACGUUAAAAACAUUGCCUGUUUGUUUAUUCUGAUACAACAUCCUUUAUCAAGGGUGGAUGGGGCUGGGGUCUUUUUAUGACAAACUUCUAGAAAUGAGUCUUAUUUUUUAUUCAUUCAGAAAGUUCUACACAGGAGACUAUUGAGUUUUUAAAAAAUCUCAGGCGGUUUUCUACACCAUGCCAUUACGUAACUCUCUUUUCCAAACUGAAUUUCUGUGUUCAAGUAUAAAAUGGGAAAGGGGGUAGGUGGGUGGGUAGGUCAGGGACUGAAGAACAAGUGUGUUUGGUUUGAGCUGGUCAAAGCCAAAUGCCUUCCUCCAGAUGAAUUUAGAAAGGAAGAAGGCUUCAGUUGGUUGAACAUUUGGCCAGAAACCAUGGAACGGCUCUUUCUUUCUCCAAAUGUGGUCCAAGAGAAGAAAUUGGUAUUUGUGUCAUUUUAAAGGUAGCUCCGUUACACCUUGAUAUCAGAAACAGCCUCGUAAGAAAGAGCACCAUUUGACCACUGUUGUGAAACAGGGAAGAGGUUUCAGUGGGAAAACCAAGGUGAGGCAUCAGUGCAUGGUGGGAAGUACAGCUUGCUAAUACUAAUCUGCAUCUUUCGGAGUAACUGCACGGUAGCAAGGAUUAGCAGUCUGCACCCAUUUGUUCUUCUCAUCGUGAUAUGUGCUGAUGGGUGUUUGCUUUCCCAUACCUUGAAUUAAAAACGAAACAUUUAUCAAAGGAUUAACCGUUACAUAAAGGGAAACAUACCAACUCAGUCCUAGCAUGCAUAAAGUAGCAAGUAUUAACAGCUACGCUAAAGAUUAGGGAGGACGAAGGCCGCUCUAGCAACAAUUGUACGUCCCUGAAAAUUCCAGCAUGAAAUAGAACUUGACACACCCGCUACAUUGGCUGCUGGAAAGCUUCGGGACAGCAUUCCAGAGAUGGGUGCCGGCACUAGAGUUUGUACUCUCCCUUUCCAUUGGAAGACUGGACUCACGUGUCCUUCACAGUUCUCAGUGAAUGUACUGCAUUGCCAUUUCAGAAAGAAAAAAUCAAUGAAAUUAUAAGAUUGGUCUCCUUUGGUUAUCUGGUCCUUGUUUAAUUGGUUUAAGGGUUUUUGUAUACAAAAGUUUACAUUUUUAUGUAUAUUCUUGUGUAAAAAAAGAUGUAAUAUGUGUAUAAAACACUGUAUGUAUUAUCUGUAUAUAGUG